AAAGAAACUGAGGCAUAAAGUGAUUUAAGUAAUUUAUGCAGGUUCACAUAACUCUCAGCGACGUGAAUCCAGAUCCUCAUGGCUGCAAGUCCAAUGCUGCGUCCAUGAGGGGGCACGAUGCCUCUCAAAGGUCUCUCCUCCAUUGAAGGCAGGGGUGGACAGGUGGUUCAUAGAGUCAGGAAGACCCGAGUUUGAAUUCCGACUCAGACACUAGCUGUCAAAUCACGUUCUCUCAGACUCAGUUUCCUCAUUUGUAAAAUGGGGAGAAUUAGGCGCAUCGACCCCACAGGGCGGUGGUGAGGAUUAAAUGAGUUAUCUUGGUGUCUUUGUAUCUUCAGCGCCCCGAAAUGCCUGGCACACAGCAGGUGCUUCAUCUGUGGUUGGCCGGUGAAGACCGGUCAGCCAGGGAUCUUGGCUUGCCCGAGGUCACACUGGAUACUUAGUAGCUGAGGUGGGAUUUGAACCCCAGCUGACUCUAGAGCAGGCAGAAGUCAUGCUCUUCUCAGAGUUGGAGCAAUUAUUGCAAUGCUUUCCGUACAGCCAGGCAAGAAGCAUUUAACAGGCGCCCACGAUGUGCCAGGCCCUGGUCUGGCCUGUGCCAGACGCAGGUUCUGGCAGCUCUGGCAUCGGGCCAGAAACUCCUGAGCGAGCACUUGCUAUCGGUCGCCAGUGCUAGUAAGCUUCUCUUUAAACGAGAGCCCGCCCCGGGCGCGCAGCCCAGCGUCGGCUUCCAGCAUUGGCCCGCGGCCUUCCCACAGGUUAUUUUGUUGCAACUUUUCCAAGCUUUACUGCGCUGAGAAGCCCGGCCAAGAGCCAAACACCCACCCCCCUCUCCGCAUAGGACAGGGGCGGCAUCCAUCCUAUCCUCCUCCUAUUGGCCAAAAUAGUAGUUUUAGGGGGAGGGAAGACAGUUCCCAGAGGCCGAGAGAAAGGCUUGUGACGUUUCCAUCAUUACUGGUUGUGGGGGGGGGGUCAGGGCACCCCGCAGUCCGCGACGCCUCGGAGGCGGCCAUUGGAGGCUCGGGAUGCUGCUUGAUUAUUCAUGAGUUGACCCCUCCCCAGGCUCCAUCCUCUCCCCCUCCCCGACGGUCGCAGCUGCGCAGAAACCCUGGUUCGGCAUCGGCGGCUGCGCAGAAGCGCCGGGGGCGGGAACGCGCAUAAAUUAGUCAAAUGCAGCGCGCGCGGGGCGGGCCGGGGGACCGGCGGCAGCAGCGGCGGCAGUGGCGGCGGCGGCGGGGCAGGCGAGCUAGCCGAGGCGAGUGAAGAUGGCGGCGGAGCGAAGCCGCUCCCCGAUGGGCUCGCCGGUGCCGGCCUGUAUGUUUGCGCCGGAACCCAGCCCCCCAGGCGCAGCCCGAGCCGCGGCCGCCGCGUCCCGCCUCCACACGGGCUUCGACUCGGAUUGCAGUGAGGACGGGGAGGCGCUCAACGGCGAGCCCGAGCUGGACCUCACCAGCAAGCUGGUGCUGGUAAGCCCGACAUCAGAGCAGUAUGACAGCCUCCUCCGGCAGAUGUGGGAGAGGAUGGACGAGGGAUGCGGAGAGACCAUAUAUGUCAUUGGGCAGGGAUCAGAUGGGACCGAGUAUGGGCUGAGUGAGGCUGACAUGGAGGCCUCGUACGCGACCGUGAAGAGCAUGGCGGAGCAGAUGGAGGCGGACGUCAUCCUCCUGCGGGAGCACCAGGAGGCCGGUGGCCGAGUGCGUGACUACCUGGUCCGCAAGCGGGUUGGAGACAACGACUUCCUGGAGGUCAGGGUUGCCGUGGUGGGCAAUGUGGACGCGGGGAAGAGCACGCUGCUGGGGGUCCUGACGCACGGGGAGCUGGACAACGGCCGAGGCUUCGCCCGGCAGAAGCUCUUCCGGCACAAGCACGAGAUGGAGUCGGGCCGUACCAGCAGCGUGGGCAAUGACAUCCUGGGCUUUGACAGCGAGGGCAACGUGGUCAACAAGCCUGACAGCCAUGGGGGCAGCCUCGAGUGGACCAAGAUCUGUGAGAAGUCCACCAAGGUCAUCACCUUCAUAGACUUGGCCGGCCACGAGAAGUACCUGAAGACGACUGUCUUCGGCAUGACCGGCCACCUGCCCGACUUCUGCAUGCUCAUGGUGGGCAGCAAUGCUGGGAUUGUGGGCAUGACCAAGGAGCAUCUGGGCUUGGCACUGGCACUCAAUGUUCCCGUCUUCGUCGUGGUCACCAAGAUCGACAUGUGUCCGGCCAACAUCCUGCAAGAGACCCUGAAGCUGCUGCAGCGCCUGCUGAAGUCUCCAGGCUGCCGCAAGAUCCCCGUCCUGGUGCAGAGCAAGGAUGAUGUGAUUGUGACUGCGUCCAACUUCAGCUCAGAGAGGAUGUGCCCCAUAUUCCAGAUCUCCAAUGUUACAGGAGAGAAUUUAGACCUGCUCAAGAUGUUUCUGAACCUGCUGUCCCCACGCACCAGUUACCGGGAGGAUGAGCCCGCUGAGUUCCAGAUCGACGAUACGUACUCCGUGCCGGGAGUGGGGACAGUGGUGUCAGGGACCACGCUGAGAGGCCUGAUCAAGCUGAAUGACACUCUGCUGCUGGGCCCCGACCCCCUGGGCAACUUCCUGUCCAUCGCGGUGAAGUCCAUCCACCGCAAGAGGAUGCCGGUCAAGGAAGUGCGCGGAGGCCAGACGGCCUCCUUUGCUCUGAAGAAGAUUAAGCGCUCCUCCAUACGGAAAGGCAUGGUCAUGGUGUCUCCGCGCCUGAAUCCCCAAGCUUCCUGGGAGUUCGAGGCCGAGAUCCUGGUCCUCCAUCACCCCACGACGAUCAGCCCACGAUACCAGGCGAUGGUGCAUUGUGGGAGCAUCCGGCAGACAGCCACCAUCUUGAGCAUGGACAAAGACUGUCUGCGUACCGGGGACAAGGCCACCGUUCACUUCCGCUUCAUCAAGACGCCCGAGUAUCUGCACAUAGACCAGAGGCUGGUGUUCCGAGAGGGCCGCACCAAAGCUGUGGGCACCAUCACCAAGCUCCUCCAGACCACCAACAACUCCCCGAUGAAUGCCAAACCCCAGCAGAUCAAGAUGCAGUCAACAAAAAAGGGUCCCUUGACUAAACGGGAUGACGGGGGGCCGCCUGGCGGGCUGGCAGCAGGGGGGGCUCCUGGAGAGGAAGCUCCCCAGCCAGGGGCCACCCAGCCUACUCCCUCCAGCGUCCUCCAGCCCCAGGCUGCCCAGGAUGAAGAGCCCCCUGGUCGCGAGGGCACCAAGCCCAAGGCCGGCAGUGGGGGCCGUCGCCGGGGAGGCCAGCGGCACAAAGUGAAGUCCCAGGGGGCCUGCGUGAUGCCGGCCAGCGGCUGCUGAGCCCCUCCUGUCUCCCCCCAACCCCCGUCUGAAAGAUGAAGCAGAGUGGCCGUCCCUGCGCCGUGCCCGUGCCCCCUCGGCCCCUCCACCCCCACGUAUCCCCUGGGAUUGUAAUUUAUAAGCUCCAGAAGAGGGCCAGAGGAGGGCAGGGCCGACCAGCCCCACUGUCCUCCCGGACCCUCGGACCCCCCUUCCCUGACACAUUUUUGUACAUCUUGGGCCCUGAGUUUUUAUUCCUUUUUAUUAUAUAUAUAAAUAUGUAGAGAGGGAGUGUGUGUACGUGUGUGUGUAUGUGUGUGUGUGUGAAGAUGAAGGUGGCUGGGCCAGGCAACAAGACCCAUCUCUUCUCUCCCCCCUUCGUUGGCCAUUUACCUAUAACUAUCCUCAGGGGUUCUCAGAUUUAUGGGGCCUGAGUUGGGGUGGGGAGAGGUGGGGGACACUGUGCUCUGCCCUUUAGAUUGGGACCCUCCCCCACUGCCCUUCCCUUCGGAGCACUGCAGCAAGAAUGGCCCCUGGGCUGGGGAAGGCCCUCCAGCCCUUCACUUCUGCUGUUAUAAAUGGGGGUGAGAACGGAAGGGACGGCCUCCGCCCCUUCACUCCUGUAUCUCUUUCUAGUCCCCUCCCUUUCCCUAAAAAAGGAAGGCCCAAAGCGCUUAACUUUUAACUGGUGGGUUGGAGGGUUUCAGAUUGGCCUCAUGCCCGCCCCUCAGCCUGCCACCAUGGCUGCCAGUUUUUCCCUCUGGAAGACAAUCCCCUUUCUUCCUUCCCCUGCGUUCUGGCUAGGCAGCCCAGAGGGAGCCCACCCUCCAGUGCUUGGGUGUGACUCACCCCUCGGAAUUGGCUUCGGGGAUUCGGGAGAUUUCCCUCUUCCCCCUUGCACUCUGGCCUGGAGGUGGCACCCUCAGUUUGCCUGGGAUUAUGAAACCCCCUCCCCAAGUGGGUGAAGCAGCUGUUCCCCCUGCCUUUCCAUCCUGUCCACCCUGCCCCGUGGUGGCUGCUGCCGGAGCUGCCUUGGAGCUUAUGCCAAGGGGGUGGAAGUCCCCAGCGCAUUGAGACUCUGGGUGCUGAGAGAGGGAGUGGGAAGGGCCCUCCAAGGCUUGACUCGGGGCCUGCAGUUCAGGAGGGCCUUCUGUGCCUCAGAGAGGCCCAGUCUGGGUGUGGGGCCAGCUCAGGUGGCAGCCUUGUGACCCACUUGUUUAUUCUUUGUGUUAGGGAAGACCCACGGCCCGGGUCUGUGCCCUGUCCGGACCGGGGCUGCCCUUAGCUUCUCACUCUCUUCCCAUCCCCUGUCCCCCUUUUCCCACUGAAAGACAAGGCCCCUUCCCCAGACUUGACUUAGUUUCCCUGUCCCACCCCCAGGUGUUUCCCUUGGUUGUUACUAACCAGCAUUUAUGGACCAGCCAGACUGAUGUUCUAAAUAAAAGUAUGUUUGCAGUUCA